AUGGAUGUCUUUCUAAUGAUUAGGCGAAAAAAAUUGACCAUCUUUACCGACGCAAAGGACACGACAACUGUGCUAGAAUUGAAGAAAAUGAUCGAAGGUAUCUUAAAGGUUACUCCCCCGGCUCAAAUGCUGUUCAACAAGGACAGUCAACUGAUGGAGGAUGAAAAGACUCUUGCAGAAUAUGGAUUGACUUCAGCUACAGCUAAAGCCCAGUGUCCUGCACCCAUUGGAUUGGCUUUACGGAAAGAAACUGGCGAAUUUGAAGCAUUGGAUCUGACUGCCUACUCCUCGCCACCGGAUUUGCCAGAUGUGAUGAAAUCUCAGGAGACAAACGGACAAGAACAGAUGGAUCAGCAUUAA